CGUAGGUACAGCACCACCUUUGUUGUCAUCUUUCCACAUCCGAUUGAAGGGCCUUUGAUCUCAAUAUCCAGAUCAUAUAUCAAGCUCUUGAUCUUGUCAUCUUACACUCCGCUUAACUCGAGACACCCUGUGCCAAGUAUGGCAAUUAUAUGAGCGAGUCUAGCUUGUUCACCUUCAGAUGGCAUUUAGUGGUGAAUGUUGACAAACGCCAGCUUCUUGUUACAUCAAGUUCCCCUUUUUGGGCUUGUUUAUCUAGCCCCUUUCUUUGGAAGGCAUGAGUUAGGAAACCCUGGAACGAAACACGUUCAGAAGAUUCUACAAAGUGACAACCAGUCUAAAAGAAUCCUUGGGCCUUAUCAGUCGGUUCCAGAAUGGCCCCUCCGACUUCAGUGUCCGUUCAGACGGGCGAGGAAGAGCUAAAGCCCGACACCAGAGCUGAGACCUACUCUCAGUUACAGAUUGAGACUUUGAGCAGCAUCAACUUGACAGUCGCCUUCUUUGUUGGAGGUGCUGCGUCUUCUGCCGCAAUUGGGCUUGUGCUCUCCAGUCUCUCAUGGUUGUGGCUCAUCACCUUCGUCAUCACCCUCGGGGUAGUGCUUGCUACCUUCAUAGUCUACCGGCAUUUUGAAAUAAUAGGGCGGCGUCAAAGACCGGGUGGUAGCUGGCUCGUCGCCAGCAAUGCGCCCCAGACCAGUACCGUUGGCGCGCAAGUGCCCAACACCACCUCUCUCCCUGCCGUCUACUUCACAUACAUACUUGGCUCUGGCGGGCACACUGCUGAGAUGAUUGAGACCAUCAGGCAGUCAUUUCGUGGCCAGGCAAACAUGCACCGGCGGUACAUUAUCUCCACUGGAGACACUUCCUCCCUCGCCAAGGCCCGUCUUCUGGAAUCGACCAUCAAGGACGCCUAUCCUGGAGAAGAUGCUCGAGCAGGCACCUCUGAUAUCUUUUUGAUCCGCCGUGCUCGCAAGGUCCAUCAGCCGUUCUAUACGGCACCCUUUACCUGCCUUGUAUCCGCCUUUCAUGCCGCCAACGCCCUCACACGGAUUCCCAACUUGCGGUCGACAAAGGAAAGUGGAAAGGAGUUCACAUACCCGCAUGUGAUCGUCACAAAUGGACCUGCCAACGGCUUUGUUGUUUGUUUUGUGGCCCACUUGCUCAAGAUAUUCUACCUCAUUCCGGAGAACAGGGCCAAAAUGGUGUACAUCGAGACCUGGGCCAGGUCUAGGACGAUGAGUCUGACGGGGAAGCUGUUCUUAAAAACGGGCAUUGCUGAUGUUGUCGGUGUGCAGCACCAGAGUCUGGCGGAUAUAUUCAAGGGUAGUCAGUAUAUCGGGCCGGUGUCUGCCGGGUUCCUUCGAAAAUAGGCGGCAGGGCUCCGGAAUCAC